UUUUCCGCGUCCGCCCGGUUGUCCGCCGCUCGGCCGACGUUUCACCAAUCGAACGGACAUACGCACGCUUUUCCGCUGCCACCGCCACCGCCGUCGUCGUCGUCGUCGUCGUCGUCUUCGCCGUCGCCGUCGUCGCCGUCGUCGCUGCCGAGCCGCAGACAUGGUACGUAUAAAUUAUGGAUAACAUCAUAAUACCUACAAGCGGUACAGCCCAGAAAACAUCGCUAUGGCACCAACACUGCCAGAGUGGGCUAGCAUUGUCAAGAACAAAGUUCUACGAAUAUUUCAGGGCCCGGAUCAACAACAAUACGAUGAGUUCGAAUUCGCAAACAAAUCACAUUUAGAAAAGUCUUCCAUUCCCUACACUGAAGAUUAUUCGGGUAGUGGUGAAUUCGGUCUACAAAGUCCAACCGAGUCGCUGCCUUCGCCCGUUCGUCCGCCGCUCAGACACAUCGAUAAAUACAUCAAACCGGAAAUACCGAAUCUCAGCAAGAGAUAUACAAUAGCUAUACUAACAUGCGUCGGUUUCAUGAUCUCAUUUGGAAUGCGGUGCAAUAUGUCGAUGGCAAAACUGAAAUUUCACAUAGGAUCCGAUGACGAUGAUGUCUCUAGCGAGAAUAUAACCACGACCACACCGCACACGCCUUUGGGAAACACUCCCAUUCACGAACGGCCAAUCAACUGGUCCCUCGGGUCAUUUGUCGCCAUCGAGAUGUCGUUCUUUUGCGGAUAUCUGAUAACUCAAGUGCCCGGUGGUUUUUUGGCGUCCAUGUAUCCGGCAAACAGAGUGUUCGGGAUCGCUAUCGCCAUGUCAUCCUGUCUGAAUCUGUUGGUGCCUUCGGCGACGGAGAUCGAGAAAUCUUUAUACGUGAUAAUCAUCAGGAUGUGUCAAGGACUGGUCGAGGGCGUCACGUAUCCGGCUUGUCACGGAAUUUGGAGACAUUGGGCGCCGCCGUUGGAAAGAUCGCGUUUGGCCACCAUAGCCCUGUGCGGGUCGUACGCGGGUGUGGUGGUCGGCAUGCCGUUGUCCGGUACUCUGAUCGACUGGUUCAGCUGGGAAGCGCCGUUUUACGUAUACGGAGUAUUGGGGCUGAUAUGGUACGUAUUUUGGCUGUGGCUGUGCUUCGAGAAGCCGAGCCUCCAUCCCACCAUAUCGGCCAGAGAGUUGAACUACAUCGAAUCGUCGUUGGGCGCCGCCAAACAGUCUGCCGCGCCGACAAUCCUCAACACGCCUUGGAAAGAAUUUUUCACCUCCAUGCCCGUGUACGCCAUCAUAGUCGCCAACUUCUGCCGGUCGUGGAACUUUUAUCUCCUCGUGCUGUUCCAGGCUUCGUACCUGCACUCGUUCAACUUCGAAGUUUCGGCAACUGGUUACAUCGGCGCUUUGCCUCAUCUGCUGAUGACCAUAGUGGUGCCCCUUGGAGGUCUGCUGGCCGAUCACAUACGGAAAAACGGUAUCCUGUCCACGACUAGCGUCAGGAAGAUCUUCAACUGCGGCGGUUUUGGCAUGGAAGCCACGUUUUUCCUCGUGUUGGCCAACGCCCGCACGCCGCUCAUGGCCACGAUCGCCUUGACCUGUGGCGUGGCGUUCAGCGGGUUCGCCAUUUCCGGGUUCAACGUUAACCAUUUGGACAUUGCGCCGAGAUACGCUAGUAUACUGAUGGGCAUAUCGAACGGAAUCGGUACGAUAGCCGGGCUUCUGUGUCCGGUCGCGAUCAACAUCAUCAUCAGGCACAAGACUAGGCAGAGCUGGAGCGAGGUAUUCAUACUGGCCGCCGUCAUUCACUACAUUGGGGUCGUGUUCUACGCAAUAUUCGCUUCGGGAGAAUUGCAACCGUGGGCCGAGCCCAAGGUCGAAGAAGAUCAACAAAUGGAUGAGGUGAACGUCGACAAGAAGAGUAAGCUCACGUCGUACGGUUCGGUCGAACAGUCGUCGGGCAAAGGGUUCGUGAACGCUGGCCUCAACACCAACUGCACCAUCGGCGAGACCGAACCGGCGCCGCCGACCGACAACCCGACAAAUCCGUUCCUGGCCAAGCCCACCGCAGCCACCACCAAUCCGUUCGCUACCUCCGAGUGAUAAUCUGAUUAUUAAUGAUAAAUUAUUGAUGUAACGGAUAAUAUUAUUGAAAUUAUUCGAGUUCGGAUCGCACUGUCGUCACGUCGAUUAUUACUACACGGAUUAUAAUAUAAUGAUAAUAAUAAAAAUUAUUAUUAUUAUUAUUAUUAUUGUUACAUUGUAAAGGUCGCAGGAGGUACUUCGCGAGCAAUAAUACCGUUAAUUGCGUAGUCUCGAUUGUGUGUUUUAUCUCACGUAGUUGUUUCGUAGGUAUUAAAAUAAUAGUUUUUAGAUAGAUAAUAUUACUAAAAUCGAUUUUCUCUCAAUUAUACAAUUUCGGUAAUAAUAUAUUAUUAUAUAGUAAUAAUUAUAAUAACAUAAUAAUAGUAUUAUCGUACACACUCGUCGUCUCAUCUAUAUAUUGAAUAAUAAUAUUAUUAUAAUAUAAUAGAACCUAGAAUAUGAAUUUCGCGUUUAUCGAUACAAUGUGGCGUAAAUCGUAAUAAAUUUGCAUUUAUCGAUUUUUCCAAAUUAAUAAUUAUUAUCUUAAUAUUAUAGUAUACUGUCAAUUUGUUUUUAUACAAUUCCGAAUAAUAUAGAUUCCGUCUUGUGACGGAUGUAAAAUAUAAUAUAAUAUUGUUGUUUAUUAUAAUGUUUAUACAGCUUGGUCGGCUCGAAAGUGCUCGGCUUCAACGUUAUAAUAAUGUGUAAUAUUAUAAUAUAAUUUAUAGAUAUUUAUUACUUCACCUUAAUAUAUAGGUAGGUAAUAUCGUAUCUGAACUUAUGGUACUUACGUAUUACCCGGUACUUGGUUUCACACUGUUUUUAAACUCUUAAAUAUUAAUAUCAAGAAUACUCGAAUAAAAUUUUAUAAUCAUAAUCAUUAACUUAAAAUAUAGUACAAUAUUAUUUCAGUUGCACAAAAAAUAGUAAAACAAUUUGUUUGAAAAAACAUAAAUAUAUUCGGUACAAUUAAAACACUUAGUUGAUAGUAUCUUAAGUUAUUUAUGUGUUUCUUUAUUAAGAAAGUUGUGUGUUGGAGGGACAAGAAUAAUAUUGCAGUAUCUAUACCUUUUGAAAUUGAAUCAAAUAAAUUGUUCAAAUCAGCGGGAUUCUGACGUUACACAAAGUGUAAACUUUAAUUAUAGGUCUAUAAAAUUGUCGACCCUGUGCCAAUUAACGUUUUAUUAGUAAAAAAUGUCUUUCACACACUAUCAUGUCAUCGUCUUUAGUCUGUUGUGUGUUGUUUAUUUGAUCACGAAUUGAGCUAGGAUGAAAUACUAUUGUAUCCUGGUUUUCGAGUGAAACCUUUCAUGUUCUGAAAAUGUUACCAGCGGUGUAGAAUUUAAUGACCAUUUGACCUCUGUAACUGCAAGUUGAUAUAGUUAAAUAUUUUUCAACUUAACGGUAAUACCUAACCAGCUACAUGGUAUGAUAUUCAUAAGAUAAGCACAGCUAGUUCAACCAAUUAAAACACUGGGAUUUUAACACGUCAUGACAGAGUGUAAAUAGACGCUUUAAAUGUUUUGUACGAUUAUGUUAAUGGUAUACCGAGUGAUCCAUUUAACGUAAGACACUCAUUGUUUUAAUAACUAUUAACAAUAUUUUAACAUAAUUUUAGUUCGUUAAAAAAACAAAAUUUUCUU